AAAUGUUUGAGAAAGAUUGUUGUUAUGACACAAAAGUUGCAACUGGCAGUCCACAAUCUCCGAUUCUGAUAUAUCCAUAGGAGAGAAACAGAUCAAUUGACAAUUUAAUCUUUCUUGUCUAAGCUGGUACCUGGAUCUAAACUGUUCGGUUGGAUACCUUCAAUUUUGCUCACAAUUUUUCUUGCAUCAAUAAUGUUAGGUUGGGGGUGGGAGUCAGGUGCUGUAAGCUGGCAGGAUAGAGUGUAAACAAAGAGAUGAUGGGCAAUGAGGGAAGGUUUUCUCUAUCAUCAGUCUACAAUUAGAUGCAAAUUUUGAUGAACUACUGUUUUUGUUUGUUUGUUUGUUUGCUUGCUUGCUUGCUAGUUUUCCUAGGUAAGUAAUAAAUGUUAUACUUUGUCAAUUAAAAAGCACUGUUUAAACAACUUGACUUUUUUAAAAUACCCGUCUUUUAUUUUGAAGGGCAUUUACGGAUGUUGAAUGGCACUCCAGGAAAAGCCACUAAACAAAGCUCUGUGCAAACUAGCGUUCCUACGACUACUAGCUGUAUAUUUACUGUCCCUUCCUGAGAAUAUUUGAUGAUACCAUCAUAACUCACAUAUCCGGUGAUAUUCUCGUUGUUUUGUGUUGAUCUCAAACCCGAGGAUCUGAUGAACAUGACGGAACACCCGUCAUGCAACGCACGUGGAGUUGGAGUGUUCUUGGAGCUGAGGAAGCGGCUUCUGAGUGGACUUCUUAUUGUCAGUAAAGAGGUGGCCGGAUCUGCUGACCAUGUGCUUGUGACCAGAGGGGCGUCCUCCCUUGUGGUCAGGACUCCCAGAGGGCAGCUGGAGCUGACUCUACCUGCAGGAGUCAGCUUCACGGAGGGGUCCUGCAUCCCAACGCCUGGAGAAUCCAGUGAAGAGGAGCUGCACUUCAGGCUCCGCAUCACUGUUGAGCAGAGCUCCCAUAAAGAGGCUUCUGACUGUGUGACGGAGACUCUCCGAGCAAAACAGACGUACUGCUUCUACUGCCAGGGCUGCAUGACCCGGCUGCUGGAGGACAGAGUGUUCAAGCGGGUUCUUCCUCUCCCCAACGGCAGCUGGAACGCCAUUGUGGACGACUGGUGUUGCCAUCCGGAUCCGUUUGCCAGCAAGAAGCUUUUGCCUCGAGCUGACGAUUGUUUAUUGGGCGACACCUUCGUCCUUUUAGCCCGAGACAGCAGCUGUACUCAGACUCUGACUGAGGAAGUGAGUCCUGUUGGAACGGCAGACAGACAGGAGCAAAAGAAACCUUGUCGCCGUGUGACAUUUGUCUCGUGUGCAAGCUGCUCAUCAGUCCUGGGAGAGGCUGUUUCACCAGAAGCGCUGAAGCUGUACGUCACACAGGUGGUGGUGGAGCCCCCUGUGGGGGAUCCAAGACCAGCUGCACUGAGCAGGUUUCACUUCCUUGAAAAGACAUUAGCAGCCCGACUGCUUAAGCUGUCAAACUCUCUCAGUACUUUCCACUUCUCGGUUCAAACACCUGACGGGAAUCCCUUUCUACUCCUCUGGUUGCUGAACAGCGACUCCAUCAUCGCCGCCGUCCCAGAGAAGUGCGUCGGGAAUGACAGCAGCUCCGCGGUUCACAGUUCACCGCUCAGAGCCGCCAGAGCCCUGAAACUCCUCUACAUCACCUGCUCAGAUGCAGACGCCCCACAAAGAGAGGUUGUUUCUCAUUGGGAGACGAGUGUCAUAGCACACCCCCUGGUGCUGCCGCUGAAGGUGUGUGAGGAGCUGCAGCGGGUGAUCAAUCACAGCCACUCGGAGCUUCCUUCAUCCAUGCGCUCCAUGAGGUCUUACCAGGUGGCGUACCUGAGACUGUGAUGUCCGAGGACAAAGCCAGUCACGACUCCAUGCAGCUGUCUUUCACAGAAUGAAUCCGUGGACUUUUGCUCUGAUUAAAACAACAUUAAGCAUAAAAAGUGUCAAAAGGACAGAAAGACCGCUUAAUAUUUACUUAGAUUUUGUUUGUUUUUUUCAUUACAGUACAGCCUCCACUAUCUGGAUUUGUUUAGCAAAUCCUCGUACAGGAACUUCUCUGCCGCUGUAAGUGUCUGUGUAGAAGCUCAGAAUUCCUCUGUAGUGAAGCUUUUUGCACAGAAAGACACGGGAAACAUGCUCGGUCUAGUUUAGCUUGUUUAACUUGGUUUCUAGUUGCCCUUUCAUGUUAAUGUAGGAUGAUGACUUAAGGAUAAACCCACACAGUCAAAUACUGAAAUUAAGCAGGUUUUUCUUUUUUUUUUUUGCAUAUUAUUUUUUCAAAAUUUUUACAUUCUUCUAGUAAUUAGUAUAAUUUAUCUUCUGGAAAAAAGGCUAAUGUCUCUGUGGGACACAAUUCAUCUGCUUCAGUUCAAUUCAUUUGUCUGCUUUAUGUUUUCCUAAAAGAUGGCGCUCUUUAUCACAUUGAAAGUUUUUUUAAACCAGAUUACUGUACAAUAUUUUACAAUAAAGUCAAAGCGGAGUUAUUUCUAAAAAUACAUGCUCAUUUUCAAGGCUGGUGCCAGCAGCGCGUUUCCAGCAUGUGGGCUCUGCAGCAUGUUUGCCUCUGUCUUACAUCAGCUGCAUUGGUGACUGCCUCUGUAAGCAUUUGGGAGCUGAAAAGACGAAAUGCUUCCAAUUCUUGCUCGUUAUAAUUUGAGCUGCUGGACAGUGAAGGGCCUCCUUUGUUUUCUUUUUUUUCUAGCUUGUCAAACGCUACAGUAGUUGUCAGGUCUGGACUCUGCACAUGUCUGAUUAGCAGCUAAACUUGCUCAGGUGCAGAGUUGUUUUUAUCCUUUUUUUUUUUUUUGGUGUUCUUAAAAAGACUGAACCAAGGUCAAAUAAAACCCUUUUUUA